AUGGAGGAAAGAGACCAGGAAGAAAAGGAAGAUGACAAAUCAGACACCUCAAGUUCUCAGCAGCCUAAAAGUCCACAAGGUCUGAGCGACACAGGAUAUUCUUCUGAUGGCAUAUCAAGUUCGCUUGGUGAAAUUCCAAGUCUUAUUCCGAGUGAUGAGAAGGAUAUUCUCAAGGGACUCAAAAAGGACUCUUUUUCACAAGAAAGCAGCCCUUCUAGCCCCUCAGAUUUGGCUAAGUUAGAAAGUACGGUCCUCUCUAUUUUGGAAGCUCAAGCAAGUACUCUCGUUGAUGAACAGUCAGAAAAGAAAACACCACCCCAUGGGCUUUCUCCUGAGAAGCCUAACGACCAACAGAAAACUCAGAUUUUCUCUGAAACCCUGGAAAUUGCUAUUUCAGAAGAGGGGCUCAAGGAGAGUCAAGAAGAAAAGAAAGACACUUUUAAAAAAGAUAGCCAACAAGGCAUUCCUUCCAGCAAGGACCAUAAAGAAAAGCCUGAGUUUCUUGAUGACAUAACUGCAAGAAGAGAGCCGUAUGAUUCUGUUGAAGACAGUAGCGAAAGUGAAAACUCACCUGUUCCACAGAGAAAACGGAGAACUAGUGUUGGUUCAUCAAGCAGUGAUGAGUAUAAACAGGAAGAUAGUCAAGGAUCGGGGGAAGAGGAGGACUUCAUUCGAAAACAAAUCAUAGAAAUGAGUGCUGAUGAGGAUGCUUCAGGUUCUGAGGAUGAUGAGUUUAUUAGGAACCAGCUCAAAGAGAUUAGCAGUAGUACUGAGAGCCAGAAGAAGGAAGAAACAAAAGGGAAAGGGAAAGUAACAGCAGGGAAACACAGACGGCUGACUCGAAAAAGUAGUGCAAGCAUCGAUGAUGAUGCAGGGAGGCGUCAUUCGUGGCAUGAUGAAGAUGAUGAAACAUUUGAUGAAAGUCCUGAACUUAAAUACAGAGAAACUAAAAGUCAGGAAAGUGAAGAACUUGUAGUUGCUGGAGGAGGAGGGCUACGUCGAUUUAAAACAAUUGAACUCAACAGUACAAUAGCUGAUAAAUAUUCUGCAGAAUCAUCACAGAAAAAAACAACUUUGUAUUUUGAUGAAGAGCCAGAAUUAGAAAUGGAAAGCCUGACAGACUCACCAGAAGAUAGGUCAAGAGGAGAAGGAUCUUCAAGUCUUCAUGCUUCCAGCUUCACUCCUGGUACAUCCCCUACCUCCGUGUCAUCACUUGAUGAAGACAGUGACAGUAGCCCAAGUCACAAAAAAGGAGAAAGCAAACAGCAACGCAAAGCUCGGCAUAGAACACAUGGCCCUCUUUUGCCUACUAUUGAAGAUUCUUCAGAAGAAGAAGAAUUGAGAGAGGAAGAAGAAUUAUUAAAAGAGCAAGAAAAGCAGCGGGAAUUAGAACAGCAGCAAAGAAAGAGUUCUAGUAAAAAAUCAAAGAAAGACAAAGAUGAACUUCGAGCUCAGAGAAGGAGGGAAAGACCAAAGACACCACCCAGUAAUCUCUCUCCCAUUGAAGAUGCAUCUCCAACAGAAGAAUUACGUCAGGCUGCAGAAAUGGAGGAGCUCCACAGAUCGUCUUGUUCUGAAUAUUCACCUAGCAUAGAAUCAGACCCAGAAGGCUUUGAAAUAAGCCCAGAAAAAAUAAUAGAAGUACAAAAAGUUUAUAAAUUGCCCACAGCUGUGUCUUUAUACUCACCAACUGAUGAGCAAUCUAUUAUGCAGAAAGAAGGUGAUCAAAAGGCAUUAAAAAGUGCUGAAGAGAUGUAUGAAGAAAUGAUGCAUAAAACACACAAAUACAAAGCUUUUCCAGCUGCAAAUGAACGAGAUGAAGUGUUUGAAAAAGAGCCUUUGUAUGGUGGGAUGUUAAUAGAGGAUUAUAUUUAUGAAUCUUUAGUAGAAGAUACAUACAAUGGAUCAGUAGAUGGCAAUCUGCUACCAAGGCAAGAAGAAGAAAAUGGAUUUAUGCAACAGAGAGGAAGAGAGCAAAAAAUAAGACUUCCAGAACAGAUUUAUGAAGAUCCUAUGCAGAAAAUUACAGAUCUACAGAAAGAGUUCUAUGAGUUAGAAAGCUUACAUUCCAUUGUUCCUCAAGAAGACAUUGUUUCAAGCUCUUAUAUCAUCCCAGAAAGCCAUGAGAUAGUGGAUCUGGGUACUAUGGUGUCUUCUACAAGUGAAGAAAAAAAAUUACUAGAUGCUGAUGCUGCCUAUGAGGAACUUAUGAAGAGACAACAGAUACAGGUAACACCUGGAUCCAGCCCAACCCAGCCUCCUAUCAGCGAUGAUAUGACAGAGUCCACCAUGGACUUUGACAGGGUUCCUGAUGCAUCUUUGACAUCAAGUGUUCUUUCCGGAGCGUCUCUUACAGAUUCGACAAGCAGUGCAACACUCUCUAUCCCCGAUGUUAAAAUAACCCAACAUUUUUCAACAGAAGAACUUGAGGAUGAAUAUGUAACUGAUUAUACAAGAGAAAUUCAAGAGAUAAUUGCCCACGAAUCACAGAUUUUGACCUACUCUGAGCCUUCAGAAAGUGCUACAUCUGUCCCACCCUCUGACACACCUUCUCUCACAUCAUCUGUUUCUUCAGUUUCUACCACAGAUAGCUCCUCACCUGUUACUACCCUGGAUGGCAUAACUACAAUUUAUACAGAGCCCGUGGACAUAAUAACUAAAUUUGAAGAUUCUGAGGAAAUUUCUUCAUCAACUUAUUUUCCAGGCAGCAUUAUAGACUAUCCAGAAGACAUAAGUGUAUCUUUAGAUAGGACUACCACACCAGAUGGUAGAGCUAGUGCUGAUCAUAUUGUGAUUUCUUUAUCUGAUGUGGCACCUUCUAUCAUAGAAUCUGUAGGAACUAAACCUACAGAGGGAACAAUUGCUGACACUAUUUCCACUGACUUAUCUAUAUCUGGAAAAGAUCCAAUGAAAAAAGACAAGAAGGAAAUGGGGAAUGAAAUUAUUCUGGAAGUUUUGGAAGCUUAUAGAGAUAAAAAGAAGGAGUCUGAGGCUGAACCAACAAAAACUAGCUUAUCUGAAACUGUGUUUGAUCAAGCACCUUCUUCUGUAAUAGCCCUUCCAGUGGAGGAGCAGCUUUCAACUACAUACUUUAUAUCUGGAGAGACCUUUGGGCAGGAAAAACCAUUACCAUCUGGCGGUCCUUCUGUUUCUGCUCUUCCAGCUAAAACUCGUCCAUUCUUUAGAAGUUCUUCUGUGGACAUAUCAGCUCAACCUCCUCCUCCUCCACCUCCACCUCCUCCUCCUCCCCCACCUCCACCCCCUCCUCCUCCCCCACCACUCCCUCCACCAACUUCACCUAAACCAACUAUUCAUCCUAAAAAAAAAUUAACAGUUACAACUCCAGUGACUCUAGCUACUACAGUGACACCUCUGUUUGAUGCUGUUACUACUGUAGAGACUACAGCUGUUCCAAGGAGUGUUGGGUUACCUGCAACAAAAAUAUGUACCACUGCACCUCCUCCUGUUCCUCCAAAGCCAUCUUUAAUUCCAUCUGGACUUGUAUUUACCCAUAGGCCUGAGCCAAGCAAACCUCCAAUUGCUCCCAAACCAUCAGUUCCACAGCUUCCAGUAACUACACAAAAAUCAACAGAUAUACACCCCAAACCAACAGGCCUAUCUUUAACUUCAAGUAUGACCUUAAAUUUAGUGACUUCAGAAGAUUAUAAAUUGCCUUCCCCCACCUCCCCACUUUCCCCACACUCUAACAAGUCCUCACCGAGGUUUUCCAAAUCCCUGAUGGAAACUUACGUGGUUAUUACAUUGCCAUCUGAACCUGGGACACCAACGGAUUCUUCGGCUAGCCAAGUAAUUACUAGUUGGCCCCUGGGAUCACCCUCCAAAGAUCUGGUUUCCAUUGAACCGGUGUUUUCUGUAGUUCCUCCUAUGACAACUGUAGAAAUUCCCAGUUCUUCAGACCAGACUGUAUACAUCUCUAAAGCUUUGGAGACAUUUCCUGCUGCCCCUGUCACAGCACUGUCUUCAUUUCAUGCAGCCCCUACUUCAGUUACACAGUUUCUGACAACAGAAGUUUCCAAGGCUGAGGUUUCAGCAACCAGAAGUGCAGUUCCUAGUGUUGAUCUCAGCAGUAUCUCUAUAUCAAUUCCUCCAGAGCCUCUUGCUCUAGAUAACCUACAUUUAGAGAAGCCCCAGUAUAAAGAAGAUGGAAAAUUACAACUUGUUGGUGAUGUCAUUGAUUUGCGUACAGUACCGAAAGUAGAAGUUAAGACAACUGAAAAAUGUGUGGAUCUUUCUGCCUCUACAAUGGAUAUGAAAAGGCAUAUAGCAACAAAUGAAAUUUAUGGGAGACAAAUUAGUGCUGUCCAGCCCUCUAUUAUAAAUCUCAGUGCAACUUCAGUAGUGACUCCUAUAUCCCUGGUCACUGAGACAGUGACCUUUGUCACAUGCACAGCUAGUGCAAGUUACACUACAGGCACAGAAAGCCUAGUGGGUGUAGAACAUGCAAUGACAACACCACUCCAGCUUACUACAUCAAAGCACACUGAGCCUCCAUACAUGAUACCAAGCGACCAGGCCAUUCCUACAGUUAGGGAGGAAGCACCAAUAAACUUAUCUCUAGGUACUCCAGCACAUGCAGUAACAUUGGCUGUUACAAAACCUGUCACUGUGCCUCCCGUUGGUGUCACAAAUGGAUGGACUGAUAGUGCCACAUCCCAGGGGAUCACUGAUGGGGAAGUAGUGGAUCUCAGUACAACCAAAUCUCAUAGAACUGUCGUAACAAUGGAUGAAUCUACUUCAAGUGUGAUGACCAAAAUAAUAGAAGAUGAUGAAAAACCUGUUGAUUUGACUGCAGGAAGAAGAGCUGUGUGCUGUGAUGUGGUUUAUAAAUUACCAUUUGGACGGAGCUGCACAGCACAGCAACCUGCAACUACUCUUCCUGAGGAUCGUUUUGGUUAUAGGGAUGACCACUAUCAAUAUGAUAGAUCAGGGACAUAUGGGUAUAGAGGGGUUGGGGGAAUUAAACCUUCCAUGUCUGACACUAAUUUAGCGGAAGCUGGACAUUUUUUCUAUAAAAGUAAGAAUGCUUUUGAUUAUUCUGAAGGAACUGAUGCAGCAGUAGAUCUAACUUCAGGGAGAAUUACUACAGGUCAGUAUGAUGUGGCAGCAGACCUUUCUUUGAAAUGUCAUUAUGGUGUUCCUCAUCUCAUUUCAGGAUGAAAAUGUGGUCCCUUUUCCAAUUUUGUUACUUUUUUUCUCUUUCUUUGGAUGUUUUGGCAACAUAUUUUGGAAUACAUAUGCGCUUUUAUUUCUUCAUUUUUUUUAAUUUAUUCUGCUCAAAGUUCUGCAUGUGCCUGCAUGUUCAACAUUGCUUUUAUUCCGCAUCUAAUUAGGUUAACCUGUGGAUUUGCAUGCAGUCCCAUUCAUUAUGUUCAUCAAGAUGACAGGCCUUUCAAACCCAAAAAGCAUCAUUCAUUCUGGAACUGGACUAUAACUCUGCCCUGUAUUUCAGGUGAGGUAAUGGAUUAUUCAAGCAAGACUACAGGUCCAUAUCCAGAAACACGACAAAUCAUUUCAGGAGUUGGGAUUAGUACCCCGCAGUAUUCCACAGCAAGAAUGACACCACCUCCAGGACCCCAGUAUGGUGUGGGGAGUGUUUUGAGGUCAUCUAAUGGUGUUGUCUAUUCUUCAGUAGCAACUCCAAUACCCUCCACAUUUGCUAUAACCACACAACCUGGCUCCAUUUUCAGCACCACUGUGAGGGACUUAUCUGGUAUUCACACAACUGAUGCAGUGACUCCAUUAUCCACCCUGCACCAGAGCCAGCCAAUGCCCAGAUCAUAUUUUAUAACAACAGGUGCAUCUGAAACAGACAUUGCAGUGACUGGUAUUGAUAUCAAUGCUGGUUUGCAAACUAUUACUAUGGAAACUCUUACUGCUGAGACAAUAGACUCUGUUCCCUCUUUAACCACAGCAUCUGAAGUGUUUUCUGAAGUGGUGGGAGAUGAAAGCACUCUUGUAAUUGUCCCUGAAGAAGAUAAACAACAACAACAGCUAGACUUGGAGCGUGAGCUCUUGGAACUGGAGAAAAUUAAGCAACAGCGCUUUGCUGAGGAAUUGGAGUGGGAACGUCAGGAAAUUCAAAGGUUCCGAGAACAAGAAAAGAUCAUGGUCCAAAAAAAGCUGGAGGAGCUGCAGUCUAUGAAACAGCACCUUCUCUAUCAGCAAGAAGAAGAGAGGCAAGCCCAGUACAUGAUGAGGCAGGAGACAUUAGCUCAGCAACAGUUACAGCUUGAACAGAUUCAACAGCUGCAACAACAGCUUCACCAGCAGCUAGAGGAGCAAAAGAUUCGCCAGAUCUACCAGUAUAACUAUGACCCUUCUGGAACUGCUUCUCCACAAACCACUACAGAACAGGCAAUUUUGGAAGGUCAGUAUGCUGCCCAAGAAGGCAGUCAGUUUUGGACAACUGAAGAUGCAACCACUACAGCUUCAGCUGUUGUGGCAAUUGAAAUACCACAAAGCCAAGGGUGGUACACAGUUCAGUCUGAUGGUGUUACUCAGUACAUUGCCCCGCCCGGCAUCUUGAGCACUGUUUCAGAAAUACCUCUAACAGAUGUUGUUGUAAAAGAGGAAAAACCACCCAAAAAGAGAAGUUCGGGAGCUAAAGUCCGAGGACAGUAUGAUGAGAUGGGGGAAAGUAUGGUAGAUGAUCCUCGAUGUUUUAAAAAGAUAGUGGACAGUGGUGUACAAACUGAUGAUGAAGAUGCUGCAGAUCGGAGUUAUGCAAGUAGGAGAAGGAGAACUAAAAAGAGUGUUGAUACAAGUGUCCAAACUGAUGAUGAAGAUCAGGAUGAAUGGGAUAUGCCUACUAGAUCAAGGAGGAAAGCUCGUGGAGGGAAAUAUGGUGACAGCACGACAGAAGCUGACAAGACCAAACCCCUUUCCAAAGUCUCCAGCAUAGCAGUUCAAACGGUAGCAGAGAUAUCUGUGCAAACCGAACCAGUUGGAACCAUAAGAACACCUUCGAUACGGGCACGAGUGGAUGCCAAGGUAGAAAUAAUUAAACACAUUUCAGCACCUGAAAAGACUUACAAAGGGGGCAGUUUAGGAUGUCAAACAGAAGCAGAUUCAGACACACAAAGUCCUCAAUAUCUGAGUGCCACAUCUCCACCCAAAGACAAGAAACGCCCAACACCUUUAGAGAUUGGUUAUUCAUCUCACCUCCGGGCAGAUUCCACACUACAGCUGGCUCCUUCCCCACCCAAAUCCCCAAAAGUCCUUUAUUCACCCAUCUCACCACUUUCACCAGGCAAAGCCUUAGAAUCAGCCUUUGUACCUUAUGAAAAACCCCUCCCUGAUGAUAUAAGUCCACAGAAAGUACUGCAUCCAGAUAUGGCUAAAGUUCCCCCAGCAAGUCCUAAGACAGCCAAGAUGAUGCAGCGUUCUAUGUCUGACCCCAAGCCUCUGAGUCCAACAGCAGACGAAAGUUCCAGGGCUCCUUUUCAGUAUACCGAGGGCUACACGACAAAAGGUUCUCAAACCAUGACGCCUGCUGGCGUGCAGAAAAAAGUUAAGAGAACUCUGCCAAAUCCACCUCCUGAGGAGACUUCCACGGGUACUCAGUCGACAUACAGCACCAUGGGCACAGUGACCAGGAGAAGGAUUUGCAGAACCAACACCAUGGCACGAGCCAAGAUUCUCCAGGACAUAGACAGAGAGCUUGAUCUUGUGGAAAGGGAAUCUGCAAAGCUUAGAAAGAAACAAGCAGAACUUGAUGAAGAAGAAAAGGAGAUUGAUGCCAAGCUACGGUACCUGGAAAUGGGAAUUAACAGGAGGAAAGAGGCAUUAUUAAAGGAGAGAGAAAAGAGAGAGCGAGCCUACCUCCAGGGAGUAGCUGAGGAUCGCGAUUACAUGUCUGACAGCGAAGUGAGCAGCACCAGACCAACCCGAAUAGAAAGUCAGCAUGGCAUUGAGCGACCAAGAACUGCUCCCCAAACUGAGUUCAGCCAGUUUAUACCACCACAAACCCAAACAGAAUCUCAACUGGUUCCUCCGACAAGUCCUUACACGCAAUACCAAUACUCUUCCCCUGCUCUUCCUACCCAAGCUCCCACCCCAUACACCCAGCAGUCCCAUUUUCAGCAACAAACUUUGUUCCAUCAGCAAGUUUCACCUUACCAGACUCAGCCCACAUUCCAAGCUGUGGCAACAAUGUCCUUCACGCCUCAAGCUCAACCUACCCCAACCCCACAACCUUCUUAUCAGUUACCUUCACAGAUGAUGGUGAUACAACAGAAGCCACGGCAAACUACAUUAUAUUUGGAGCCUAAGAUAACUUCAAACUAUGAAGUGAUUCGCAACCAACCCCUGAUGAUAGCACCUGUUUCUACCGAUAAUACGUAUGCUGUUUCUCAUCUUGGUAGUAAGUACAAUAGUUUGGACUUAAGAAUAGGUUUGGAGGAAAGAAGCAGCAUGGCAAGCAGUCCAAUAUCAAGCAUAUCUGCAGAUUCAUUCUAUGCAGAUAUCGAUCAUCAUACUCCACGAAAUUAUGUCCUAAUUGAUGACAUUGGUGAGAUUACCAAAGGAACAGCAGCAUUAAGCACUGCAUUUAGCCUUCAUGAAAAGGAUCUGUCAAAAACAGACCGUCUCCUUCGAACCACUGAGACACGUAGGUCUCAAGAAGUGACAGAUUUUCUAGCACCUUUGCAGACUUCUUCCAGAUUGCAUAGUUAUGUCAAAGCAGAGGAAGACCCAAUGGAGGAUCCUUAUGAGUUAAAGCUUCUGAAACAUCAGAUUAAGCAAGAAUUUCGUAGAGGGACAGAGAGCUUAGAUCACCUUGCUGGCCUUUCACAUUAUUACCAUGCUGAUACUAGUUAUAGACAUUUUCCAAAAUCUGAAAAGUAUAGCAUCAGUAGACUCACACUUGAAAAACAAGCAGCAAAACAAUUACCAGCAGCCAUACUUUAUCAAAAGCAGUCAAAGCAUAAGAAAUCACUAAUUGACCCUAAAAUGUCAAAAUUUUCACCUAUUCAAGAAAGUAGAGACCUUGAACCUGAUUAUUCGAGCUACAUGACUUCUAGCACUUCAUCUAUUGGUGGCAUUUCUUCCAGGGCAAGGCUUCUUCAAGAUGACAUCACUUUUGGCCUCAGAAAAAAUAUUACAGACCAACAAAAAUUUAUGGGAUCAUCUCUUGCCACAGGACUGGGGACCUUAGGAAAUACCAUACGGUCAGCUCUGCAGGAUGAAGCAGAUAAGCCAUACAGUAGUGGUAGCAGAUCAAGACCUUCCUCAAGACCUUCCUCUGUCUAUGGGCUUGAUUUAUCAAUUAAAAGGGAUUCUUCUAGCUCUUCCCUAAGACUGAAAGCUCAAGAGGCUGAAGCUCUAGAUGUUUCCUUUGGCCAUGCAUCACCCUCUGCCAGAACUAAGCCUACCAGUUUGCCAAUUAGUCAGAGUAGAGGAAGAAUACCAAUUGUUGCCCAGAAUUCUGAAGAAGAAAGCCCACUCAGUCCUGUUGGUCAGCCAAUGGGAAUGGCCAGGGCUGCAGCUGGACCUCUGCCACCAAUAUCUGCAGACACCAGGGAUCAGUUUGGAUCAAGUCACUCACUGCCCGAAGUUCAGCAACAUAUGAGGGAAGAAUCACGGACUCGAGGCUAUGACCGUGACAUAGCAUUCAUCAUGGAUGACUUCCAACAUGCCAUGUCAGACAGUGAAGCCUAUCAUCUGCGUCGUGAGGAAACAGAUUGGUUUGAUAAACCCAGGGAAUCUCGUUUGGAAAAUGGACACGGUCUGGACCGAAAACUGCCGGAAAGAUUGGUCCACUCUAGACCACUCAGUCAACAUCAAGAGCAAAUUAUACAGAUGAAUGGGAAGACUGUGCACUACAUCUUUCCUCAUGCAAGGAUAAAAAUAACAAGAGACUCCAAGGAUCACACAGUUUCAGGUAAUGGAUUAGGAAUUAGAAUUGUUGGUGGUAAAGAAAUUCCUGGACAUGGCGGAGAAAUUGGAGCCUAUAUAGCCAAGAUUCUUCCUGGGGGAAGUGCAGAACAGACAGGGAAACUUAUGGAAGGUAAGAAUAAGGAAUUUUAA